GCAUGCAUAUUAUCAAUUAGUCUCGUUAUUUGCCGCCAGUGAAUUUCCGUGUCGAUCAUCAUGGCGUUGAAAGAGUUUUCUUGCGUCCUUUUCUUCUGUCUCUUUAGCGUGGGAAGUGCUACCUACUGCAGUUCCACGAGCGAUUGCUUUUGGGGAUCUGAAACCUGUUGUUCAGAUGGCGUCUGUAGAGAAACUUGUUACUAUUGCUCGUUCAGCUCUCAAUGCGGUACGGGCGAAGAAUGUUGUGAUCACAAAUGCAAGGAUUCAUGUGGUUGGAACGGCGGGUCUAUCGCAGGUGCAGUUGUCGCUACAAUAAUCUUUUUCGCCAUCAUCAUUUCCAUUGCAUCCUGUUGCUGCUGUGCUUGGUGCCCGUACUACCGCUAUCGUACACCCGGUACUGUGGUCGUCACCCAACAGCCUUAUCAACCUUUCGUCUCAACUCAAACGACGAUGACGCAGCAUGUACAAGCUCCUCCGCCAGUCGAUUACAACCAACCACCUCCAGGUUACAGCCAGCCUCCACCGGGCUACAACCAGCCUCCUCCAACUUACCCAAGCUACCCUCCGCCUUCAACUCUGCAUCCCCCACCUCAAGGACAAGCUCAAGCUGGUGCAAUGCCUGCUCAAGUACAGACCCGUUAAAACGAGACAGCUACGUGUGUCCGCUAUUUCACGAACGUUUUCAGACAAGUAACUUAAUAGCUCUAAAACACUAGUUACGUUGAAAAGCAACACGCAUGUUGGAUGAGUUAGAUUAGUUUUAAGCACAGGAAUAAUUAGUAGUGAAGUUUCUAAACUUUUGUGGCACUUUUUAAAAUUUUUGGCACACUGCAAGUUUUCUAAGGUAAAUACGUCUUAAUACCGUUGUCUAAGCUUCUUAUUUGGUUAUUGAGUAUUGCGCAAAUUUAUAUUGGCUUGUUGAGUGAACGGCGCAUUCUCCGAUGCUUCCACAACCGUGAAGUGACGUUGGUACACGGAUGGCUACCACUGCACAACAUUACCCUACAAAGGAUUUCUCUUGACUGAUGAUGAAAGUUUUUCUGGAUUUGAAACCCGUAACUCCCUUUUUGUCUGAUAUUUUCCAACUCUUCCCAUGGUAUAGAAAACAGGAACUAACUCUUCGACAGCACACGCUGUCAUUAAGGGCUAAAUUUGUCACUUUCAUAUUCAAAGAGGCAGAUGGCCGUUUAGGCCUUUAGACCUCACGAACAGUUGCUUCUAAACUACUCAAACAAGAUAAUUCACCUACUUCUAAGUCGCAAGUUCAUUAUUUUACAAUCUAAUGUCAAUCCAUCCUCUUUAUUGUGAUAAUUGAUACCAAUCGUUUUAUCAACCUAUCAGUGUUUUUUUUUUCACCGAUGCAGUUCAUUGCACACAGCCGUGUAGUAUUUUUUCACUAAUAUUUUCUCGCAAUUUACCAAGUGUUUCUCAAUUUUUUAGCAUUAGAGAAUUACCUACAAAACGUUUUUGAGAACAUGACCCAAACAGUGAGUAGGUUCAAGUUAUUAAGGGCUGUGUCGUUGCUGGAAGUAUACAGAAGAUAUAAUGCAGGUAUUAAAUGGCUCUGUAAGACAAUGUACUUUUGCUUAAAACAAUUUGUAUUACGAGAUAUUUACCUCUAUCAUUCAUUAGCUAGCACAGCUUGAAAAUAUUUAAGCUGACUUUUUGUACUUGAUAAGGUAGCCUAUUUUUAGAAUCUCGCGGGAAAAAAAAUAAGCAUCCGAUGCAAAAUAAAGGAUAAAAGCUGGUAGUUUUAAAUUC